UCACCUAGAUUCCCUCCAUUUCACGUUAGAUCAUUCUAGCUAACCAGCGCGGGAUUUGCAGAGCUAGGGUUUUGCAAGCCCCACUUAGGGGACGAAGUACGCGCGAGGAGAUAGCAAUGGAGAGUGCCCUCGCUAACGCGGUCUCCAUCGGGGACCAGAAGCAGAAGAUCGAGCAAUACAGGCUUAUCAUAUCCUCCAUCAUCUCCUCCCCAUCCAACGUUGUCUACCAGGCCAAGCGUUUCAUCGAUCACUUGCUCUCGGAUGAUGUGGCUCUGUUCAUCUCAAGGCAGUUGUUCUUGAUUUUGGCGCAGGAACUACGUCCCCUACCCCACGAUGCUCAGAAGGACAUCGCUCACUAUGCCCUAACCCAGGUCCAGCCUCGCGUGGUGUCUUUUGAAGACCAGGUCUUAGCCUUCAGGGAGAAGCUUGCUGACUUGUAUGAAUCUGAGAAGCAGUGGUCUAAAGCGGCACAGAUGCUAAGUGGCAUUGAUUUGGAUUCAGGAAUUAGGAUCGAUGAUGCUAAGAAGUUGUCCAAAUGCGUCAAAAUUGCUACUCUGUAUCUUGAGGAUGAUGAUGCUGUUAAUGCUGAAGCUUUUAUAAACAAGGCUUCCUUUUUGGUUGGGAAUAGUCAACAAGAAUCUGUUAGUUUACAGUACAAGAUGUGCUAUGCAAGGAUUUUAGAUUUAAAGCGGAAGUUUUUGGAAGCUGCACUUCGUUAUUAUGACAUUUUUCAGAUUGAGAAACACCAUAUUGAUGAUCAGGAGGUUAAUGCAGAUGCUCUUGAAGUAACUCUAAGUGCUGCUGUGACGUGCACUAUAUUGGCUGCUGCUGGCCCUCAACGAUCACGUGUUCUUGCCACCUUAUACAAGGAUGAGAGGUGUACAAAAUUGAAGAUCUACCCUAUUCUGCAGAAGGUUUAUUUGGAGAGGAUACUGAGAAAGCCAGAAAUUGAUGCCUUCGCAAAUGAGUUAAGACCGCACCAGAAAGCUCUUUUACCUGAUAAUUUCACCGUGCUGGAUCGAGCAAUGAUUGAACACAAUCUUUUAAGUGCUAGCAAGCUUUAUACAAACAUAAGCUUUGAAGAAUUGGGCGCCUUAUUAGGUAUUGCUCCUCAGAAGGCCGAGAAGAUAGCUUCAAGGAUGAUCUAUGAGGAUAGAAUGAGGGGAUCUAUUGAUCAGGUUGAAGCAGUCAUUCAUUUUGAUGAUGAUACCGAGGAGUUGCAGCAAUGGGAUCAGCAGAUUGUGGGUCUAUGCCAAGCACUGAAUGACAUCCUGGACAGCAUGGCAAGACGAGGCAUAUCUAUACCUGUCUAAUUGGCAACCUGUUACAUUAUUUUUAAAUGUAAGGAAUUGUGUGCAUAUAAAGCCACCGUAGUGUAUUUUCUUCAGCUGAAACAUUUCACAACUACUGGAAUUUAGAGGGGGAGCCGACCUCGUUCAAGAAUUUCAACUCUUCUGACAGUUUUGUAUGUGUUUGUGGCCUAUUUUUUGGGGCAAAUUAUUGCAUUCUGUCAUCAGACUUGGAGAUAGGUCUGGAUAUUAAUAAAAUAUUAUUUUAAGUUAAGCGCGUAAAAAGCGCAGGUAAAA